AUGAAGGCCGACGAGAGCAAGCAGCGAGUUGAACGUGGCAAAAAAAAACUACUCCGGAAUGCCGAGCGUGUGGCUGCAGUAACGCCGGUCUAUCUGACUGUGGUGCUCGAGUAUCUGAUGGCUGAAAUCCUGGAGCUGGCCAGCAACGCGGCCCAGGACAACAAGAAGACCCGCAUUAUCUCCAGGCACCUUCAGCUGGCCGUGUGCAACGACGACGGGCUUAACAAGCUGCUGAGAAGGGUGACCAUCGCUCAGGGCAGUGUGCUGCAUAAUAUCCAGGCCGUGCUGCUCCACAAAAAAACCACCACUAGAGGCGCCACUAAAAAGUGA